AUGAGAAAAAGUCAAAUUAAAAAAGAUCGUGAAUUUACAUUUUUAGUAUCUGUUCGUCGUGAUGGCAAACAUAUUUGCCAAGGUGCAUUGUUUACUUUAAAUUCAAUUAUAGUACCAGCUCAUUGUGUUGAAUGUAAACCAAUGGAUAAAUCUGGUCUUCAAGUUUUAGUUGGUACUGAUGAUUUGAAUGAUACAACUGAUAAGCUAUUUGAUGUAUCAAAAGUAACAUGCAAAGGAAAUUCUUACAAUCCAGAUGAUGAUAUUGCUCUUUUAACAUUGAGUAAAAGUGUUGUACAAAAUGUAAACUUUCAAGAACGUAUUGGUCUUGUUAAUGAUCCAAUGUUGGGUCAAUUAGAAAGUGAUGUUGUGUCUGCUGAUGUAUAUCCAGCUCAUUAUCCAGUUUAUGCUGUUGGUUGGGGUUUAAAUAAUGAUGGAACUGGUGCACCAACAAAAUUCGAAACACAAUUUUUAGAUAAAACACAAUGUUUCAAUGCUGAUGGUAAAUUAGCUGGUCCAAAACGUCUUUGUACAAAUAAAACAAAAGAAUUUGAUAUUUGCAAGGGUAACAAUGAUGUUAUAUUAAUAUCUGAUAAUACCAUCAUUGGAAUUGCAACAAAAAAUGCAUGUAAAACAAGUAAAAAUUUAAAUGUUUUUACUCGUUUGUCACGAUACAGAUUUGACUUUUUAGAAAAGGAUAAUUAUGCACCAGGUUGGCAAUAUUCUUAUGAUGACUAA